AUGCUUGGAAAAGGCGAAAUAUGGAUACUGAUUUUAAAGUUAACCUGCUGGACCAUGUGUUUAAAUCUCUUUAACUUUUUUCAAGACACAACAAGGUUUCUAGUGUCUUUCGCUAUUUUAUAUACUCCAGGGUAUUUAUUUAUAGCAACAAAGCUCAACAGAGUAAAACUUCAUGUAAAAUCUAAUCAGCAUCUUAUUAAUCCCCACGUUAAGUUGUUCUGAGAGAGCUUAUAUGCAGUUUCUGCAAGCAUAUUACUAGGCGCGUCUUUAGAGUAUUUUACAAAUAGGCUAUCAGCUUAUCUGGAUUAAUAGCUUGGUUAUAGUUUAUAUAGUUCUUCCAAAAGUUCUGCAAGGGAAAUACCAAACACAGCAAUAUAUUACCAUAGCAUUUACCUUAUUUGUUAUAUCUCAGCUGCCCUUAGACGUUGAUUUUGAUACUGAUUGGCAGAAAUAUCCUUUCCCUGUCAUCCUUUCUACAGAAAUUGGUCACACCUUUGGAGUCAUUUAUGAUUUGGCGUCAAAAUAUUAUUCUUAUUAUAUUUAA